AUGUCAGGAAAGUCAGGGUCAUGGGGACUGACAGACAUAUCUAUCCUCCGGUCUUUUAUACACCUGCGAUAUGUGGAUGUUUCCCAGAAUCUCUUGAGGGACAUUUCCCCACUGGCAGCUCUAACACAUCUUCUGUCCUUACGUGUUGAUCAGAACCAGCUGCUGAAUGUCAGUGGGUUAGGGGACCUGCCAUACCUACAGCAGGCCAGCUUUGCACAGAACCAUAUGCGCAGCCUGGAAGAUGUUGCACAGUCCCGUCUUGAGUCCCUCAGCUUAAUUGGGAACCAGCUGCAGAGCCUGGAAGGACUGGACUGCACCAAGCUGGGCAGUCUGCACACCCUGGAGCUCCGUGGGAACCAUCUGCUGAGCACAGCAGGGCUGCUUCUCCCCAACCUACGAGAGCUCUACUUGGCCCAGAAUAACAUAACCCGAUUAGAGGGUCUAGACUCCCUCGUCCAUCUUACAACUCUUCAUCUGAGAGAGAACCAGCUGGAGAACCUAGAUGGGAUGUCAGAGAAUCUUCAGGCACUACAGUAUCUCAACCUCAGGGGUAAUCUGGUGUCAAGUCUGCAAGAGGUGAAGAAAUUGCGCCCCCUGUCCCGGCUGCGUGCACUGGUUUUGCGUGAGAAUCCAUGUGAGGAGGAGGAUGGUUAUAGGAUGGAGACUCUGAUUACCCUCCCCCACCUGGAGAGACUUGAUAAAGACAGCUAUGAAGAGGAGGAGAGGAUGGAGGCUGAUGAGAAACGGAGGGCAGAACUGGAGGAGGAUAAAGCAGUUUUGAGCAUUGAGUUUGACUUUUUGCCUUAG